UGGGGUGGGGGCCGCACGGUGCCGACCCUUCCUCUUCCUCAGCUCUUCAUCACCGUCAUGGACAAGCUGCGCCUGGAGAUCCGCGCCAUGGACGAGAUCCAGCCCGACCUUCGGGAGCUGAUGGAGACGAUGAACCGCAUGAGCCACCUGCCCCCCGACUUCGAGGGCCGCCAGAAGGUGAACCAGUGGCUGCAGACGCUGAGCGGGAUGUCGGCCUCGGACGAGCUGGACGACUCCCAGGUGCGCCAGAUGCUCUUCGACCUCGAGUCCGCCUACAACGCCUUCAACCGCUUCCUGCACGCCUGAGGGGCCGACGCUGCCCCCCCC